AUGGCGUCUGGUAAGGAUAUCUACCACAUUCGACUUUUCCCUUGCUAUGACUCAAAGACUCUAUAUUCCCCUUCACACUGGUUUUGGCGCGAAAAAGGAGUAUGGAAGCGACUUGGAAUCUCAGAGGAUGACAAUCCAAUACGCUGCUCUAUGCUAGCACCGCUAUCAACACCGCCGACGACACCCAAGCUCUUAACAGCUGAAGAGUCGCCGUCAACGACAUUCGACAUUGUCGCCUCCUACAACUCGCUGAUCGAAAGCGAUCCAAAUAUCACACCUCCCAUCGCGGCCAUUGAGUCGCUGAUCAAUCUCCUUGCAACGUCGCCAUUGACGACAAUCUCCGAAACCCUCGCCCUGUUAUCCAGCCACUCCCGCAAACUGCUCGAGUCGCAACGCAACCCGAUACCGCUCUCUGCUGGAACAGAACUAUUUCAGCGGUACUUGAUCAGCUCGUUCCAACAACGCCCGUCAUCUCUUGCGACCUCCGACUUCUCCGCGUUGCGCCAUCACAUUAUAGCCCAGUCGUCUCUGUUCGUGAAACGUGCUAAUGAAGCACGCCUCAAGAUCGCCCAUCAUGCCUUGCCGUUCAUCAUAGAGGGCUCGACGUUCAUCACUUACGGAUACAGCCGCGUGGUUCAUGCUGUGCUUACUGCAGCGGCAGAAUCAAAGCGCUACUUCAACGUCAUUUAUGUCCUUCCCUCAACAGGCGUCUCGGCACCGCUUGCCAAUGCCAUCACCUCCCUCCACAACCUCUCCAUCUCCACCACCACAAUCCCGCUACACGCACUAACAUAUGCCCUGGCAUCCCUCCCUCCCUCUCCAUCCUCACCACCACAGUUUCUCAUCGGUGCCACCGCGGUCCUAGAGAAUGGCUCCAUCGUCACAGAACUCGGCACGCACCAAAUCGGACUCAUCGCCCAGGCCUGCUCCAUCCCCUUGCACGUGUGUGUGGAGUCGUACAAGUUCGUGGGCAACUUCCCACUGGGGUAUGGACCUAGUGAUCUUCGGAGGAUGGGGGUCGAACAGGAUGUGUUGCGCUUUUCCACCACCAGCGGGACCGCCGCUCCAAGUUCGGACGGCGGUGGCCAGAAAAAAGCAGGAGAGUCCUCCGGCUCUGGAGCUGCAGGGUCAAGCAAGGGGAAGCGAGCGGCGCCAGAAGAUGCGGACGAUCGAAUGGUGGAAAUCACGCCACCGGAGCUGAUCUCGGCGCUUAUCACAGAAAACGGCAUCAUGACCCCGAACGCCGUCAGUGAGGAGUUGAUCAAACUGUGGUUCUAG